AUGUGGGAUAAGCUACAAGUCACUUAUGAAGGAACCAUCAAAGUGAAAGAAACGCAUAUCAAUAUGUUGGUUCAUGAUUACGAACUCUUCCAAAUGAAAGAAGUAGAAUCCAUUGAAGAAGUGAUUGCAAGGUUUAGUAAAAUCAUUAGUGAUCUAAAAGCUUUUGGUAAACCAUAUACAAGUGGUGAUCAUGUUUGGAAAAUUUUGAGAAGUCUCCCUACGACUUGGCAGACAAAAGUAGUUACACUUGAAUCACAAGAUCUAAACAAAUUAUCGUAUGAUGAACUUCGAGGGGAUCUCAUAGCAUUUGAAAAGACUCAUAUCAAGAAAAUAAUCCAUGAAGAAAAGAAGAAAACAGUCGCAUUUAAGGCUAUAACUGACAAGACCAAAAAUGACAUUGACGAUGAUCCUGAAGCCCUCGAGGAAGAAAUUGCCAUGGUAUCAAGGAACAUGGAUGGUCUAAUGAGAAGAUACAGAAUCACCAAAAGAGAAAGAAUAUCAUCAAGGCGAACCAGGCAAUACAAUGAGCAGGACAAGAAUGAUGUAAAAUGUUAUGAAUGUGGAAGAUACGGACAUGUACAAGCUGAAUUCCCAUAUCUAAAAAGAAAAGUUGCCAGAGGAUUUAUCAAGAAUAAAUCCUUUAUAUGCUGGAGUGAUGAAGACGUUUCAGAACCAGAAGAAAUAGUAAAUUUGUGCUUCAUGACAAUUCUGAAAAAUGACAUAAACAAACUUUCAGGCUGCUGGACAGAUGAAGAUGUUUCAGAUGACAAAUGCAAGGAUGAAAAUGAAAACUGUUUUAUGGCACGAGGUGAAACAAGCGAGGUAAGAUCCUAUAACUGUGAAAGAUGCAAUGAAUUACAGGAUAUUCUUGACCUUACUUUAAAAGAGUUUCAAAAGUUGAUGAAUGAACUAAAGAGACUCAAUAGGAAUACCACAGAAAGAGCCGCAAAGGAAAAUGGUGCGUGUUCCAGCCAUAUGACAGGUGACAAAAAUCUAUUCAAAGAGAUCACUAAAAUAAAUGGUGGAAGUGUUAAAUUUGGAGAUGACUUAAAGGGGAAGAUAGUUGGCACUGGCACAGUCCCAUUCAAUAAAAACUGCAAUAUCACUGAAGUCUAUGUCGUAGAUGGACUCAACUACAAUUUUCUAAGUAUAAGCCAACUGUGUGAUUCCAGAUAUGAGGUAAAAGUCAAGAAAAAAGGUUGUGCUAUUGAAGAUGAGUCAGAAGCACAGAUAGAGUCGACUACUCCUACAAGCAUAACGCGACCAAAUGAAUGGAAGAGUGAGCCAGAAUACCCUCAAAAGUUUAUCAUAGGAGAUCCAAUUGAAGGGAUGAAAACCAGAGGAACUAACAAGAAGAAGGCAAACUUAGCCUUGAUCUCCCAGAUUGAACCAAAGAAGAUAGACGAGGCUCUCAAAGAUUCAAGCUGCGUUCAAGCCAUGCAGGAAGAACUGGAUCAGUUUGAUAAGAACCAAGUAUGGAAAUUGAUGCCUAAGCCUGCAGACCCUACUGUAAUUGGAACUAAGUGGGUCUUUAGAAAAAAGCUCAACGAGGAUGGAAAAUUCAUAAGGAACAAAGCCAGAUUAGUAGCUCAAGGAUAUUCUCAACAAGAAGGAGUCGACUAUGAUGAAACCUUUACACCAGUAGCUUGUCUAGAGUCAAUAUGA